UCGUAAUCUCAAAGAGAUCACGAUGUAUAUAUAUAAAUAUAUAUGCAUACAUAUAUAUACAAUAAGCGAGCAUACGAGAAAGAAUGUUGAAUUUCUUCCGCGAUUAAUUCUCGGAAGGCCAAUUUUAUUGAUAAACGGAAUGUGAAACGUGCUAUAUUAAAAAUAAAAUUAGCCAAAAACAAAAUAUCAAUUUUAUCGAAAUUUGAAAAUAUAAAUUUUCACUCUUGAGGCUCCGAGGAUUAACGUUUCACGAUCUCGUUCAUAAAGAUGUACGAUAAUUUAGAGGAAGGGUCUUAGCCCAAGACAUAGAUAGAUUUGUGUAAAAUCGUGUCCAUGUCGAAAGAAUUAAAAGUAGAAUGUAGAGGUAAAAUUGAGAGAUUUAUAACUCGAUUAAAUUAGGAUAAUAUAUGGGGGCAGAUCGACUUGAAAAUGAUUUCUGACGCUAUUUCGGCAGGGACAAAAUGUAUUCGACAUGGUCGCGGUUCCAGAGCACACUGACGUGAGAGAUCGCCGAGAGAUCGUAAUUAAUUUCGUACACGCCGUCCUUGCGCGUCGACAUUUAAGUCGGCCACAAGCGUAUAUACGAAGUACAAAUCCUUUAACUUUCGUGUUAACAUCCAGAUACGUGGGGGUAUCUGCUAACGAGCGCAAAAAGUUUUUUCGUCGGGAAGGUCAUUCGAGAGCAAAAGAAAAGUCAAGUCAAGUCAAGUGAAAUGUCAUAUUCGCAUUCUAAAUAGUCGUGAUAUUUUUUCUCCGAGAUACAGUCGAACCUCUAUAUUCUUAACUCUUAUCCUUCGUUUAAAUGCCUCCUCCCGCGCUGUUCCCUUUUACUUUUUGCCACCUAGCUACGUAGAAUGAAAAUGUUAUGCGCGUUAAUUAAAAAAAAAGAGAUGACAUUUUCAUUUUGUGCGCACGUGCAUUGGAACAAAAGUGGGAAGGGAAUAAGAGUGACAAAGUGAGGUAGAAUGUUAAGAACGAUAGAGAGGAAGUGUUUGAGAUCCGAAGCCAAAAAUACAGAGGUACGACUAUAAUUAUCCCGAGAAAUUAUAUCAAUACUUUUUACACUUUUUAUAAAACACUCUGUACAUCGGCGAAAGUGACCAGACGGAUAUAUACGAUCGAAUCGACGUAUUCUGAGCUCUUUAUUCUUAGCACAUCUCUCUAUUUUUAAUCAAUCGAAACUACAUAAACUUGAUUCUUCUUGUUUUCUUACGUAAUUUUUAUCAUUAAUUGAUUGAUUGAUUUUAAGCCCAAUUAGAAAGUCAUUAAAUCAUUAGAAAGAAUAGAGCUAUUGCCUAGAGUCUCUCGACUUAUUAAAGAUACGAAGAUUCGAUUAUACAUCCGAAUGAUUUCUAGUUGAUCUAUCGGAUCGUUUCGUUGUUCUCUAAAGGAAACGAUGCCGAUUUAUCCUCUUCUUGGACUAAAUAGUCGCAUUUCACUAGCCUCAGUCGACAACGAAAAGCUCCAUUGAAAGCUGAAGGAUAUUUUCGGAUCAAUUAUAUCCUAUAGAAAAAUAUUAUAGCUUUGGGGAUACUAAUUGGAUACACAAUUUAAAUACGGCCAAUCAUGAGGAACAAAAAAAGAAAAAUCGGUGAGGGAAGAUACAUAAUCCUUCUCCGGAAGAAACACUGCCGAUCGCGCAACUCGCUUUCAAUCCUAUGACAAAAUGAUCGGAAAGCGAAUCUUAAAUCCUUUCCCGGUAUCCUUGACGAGAUUUCAAAUAUUUUUCUAUAAGGACUCGAGAUGUUCUUCGUGAUAAAAUCGUAAGGAAAUUCGUCCUCUAUAUCAAUCAGCAUCCAGCGUUCGCGUAAGAAUCUACCUUGUUGACCUUUUCCGAUAUUUAAUUGCAGUUACAUGGUUUCGAGAUUAACGAGAUCCGUUGUUAAUAAAUCUUGAAACUAUUUUAUGAAAAAAAAAAAAAGAGAGAAAGAGUGAGAGAAUGUCCAUCGCACGGUGAUCCUCCAAUUGCGACGUACUCUUCGAUUAUGCAACAACAGAGUUAUUGUCACGUAUCAGUAGCAUGUUCGUAAUAACGCGUCACCGUAUGUAAUGUACAUCGCGAGCUUUCUCGUAUAUCACUGUACCAUCUCUCAUCGCUAUCGAAGUGAUGAUGUAACCGAUCUUAAUUCUUCGAUACUAUACAAAAUACAGGGAAACUUGAGAGAGAUGAUCGUGAUACUUGGCGAUGUAAGUUAACGUUAUAUCAAUGGCCGAUUUCCGAGAAUUUAUGGAGCGUUAUGAAGCGAGUUUGAUUAGACGUGAUUAUCGCGUAUAGAUUGUCCGUAAAAUAAAAAAAAAAUGUAACGACUGUAACGUCCUACGAUAAUUGCGAGUCAAUACGAGGAUAUUGAGAGAAAUAUUUCUUUUGUAUUAUAGAAGACGAACGACAAAUACAAGAGAGACUGAGAGUAUGUGUGUGAGACAGAGCACGUGAGCAAGACCAAAACUUUUUUGAGAAAGAGAGAGAGAGAGAGAGAGAGAGAGAGAAAGAUAUUUUCGUUUUUCUGUGCGAGAGAAAAAAAAAUAGAGAACGGCCGCCUUUUAUCUUUUCAAGAAUUUUAUUCGUUGCAACGUAGACGUUUAAAAUCGGCAAACAGAGGCGUGAACAGACAUAGCGCGCGGAUGUUAACGACGAUAAGAGGUGAGGACAGGUAUUAAGAUCGAUAAGAGGAAAAGAGAGUCGAGAGAUUUGUAAUAUCGGUGCGUCAGAUUUAACCAUUAUUAGCCAUAUACUUUACUGGAAUAUAUGAAUUAUUAAUGGGAAAAGUCGAAAGAAAAUAAAGAGAGGCAAAUAUAUGAAAAAUCGUUAUAUUUCUUCCUGAUCUAGAAUGGAAAAAUCCAAUAUUCAUUUUUUGUGACAUUAUUCUUCAUCCUUUGUAGAGAAUUUUAUUUACAGUUGUCAGAAAUAGCGCGAAAACGUUAGCUUGAUGUAAAAUUAUAAGCAAUUCUUCUCGAGACGAAGACGCUUUGUCAUCCGCGUUUUCUUAUUUCCAACAAUGUUAUUUCGCAGGCAAUAUCGAUCAAAUAGCUGACUCCCAUACGUCGCAGCACGCAUAUCCUCGACAGCCUUAACUCCUAGGCGGAGACACUCAUGUCAGUCGUGUGUCAUCAAGGCGGACGAACGGGACGGAAAUUUUGUCAUCGUAUUUCUCAAAAAUAUGUCCGAACAGCAAACGGAUUCGUACGAUUCGAGACCGGUAACGUCAAAAAAAUUGGAGAGACCACCGUUUAAGCUGUGUUUUUCGAAAAACCAGCAAACCGGAAGAUCCAAUAUUUGCAUAUCGAAAACGAACGCGAACUUUGUGACGCCGAAAUUCUACUCGAGGGAACUCGAGAACGACCAGAAUGCAGACGUAAGCGAUACGCUUGAGAGAAUCGCUGCGGAACAAGAUAGAAAUCCGAGGAAUCUUUACCAAACACCAUUGUUAACCAGUCAUACUUACGGUUGGUGGCAUGACAAAGGGAUACAACCGAAGGACACGCGAUUUAACUUUCAUAAGAAAACGUCAGACCUGGUGAGCUUCCAGAUGAAAAUUUACGCCGAGGAUCGAAAUCUGAAAAGUCAUAAACAAUGAAUGUGAGGUAUAAAUCAAUAUUAUGUAUUAUCAAGUAUUCAUCAUGAUAUUGAUGUGCAAUAAUUGUAUUUCAGUGAUAAUAAUCUAAUAAAUCCAAAUAUGUACUAAUUAUUGUAAUAAUAUAAUCUUUGUAUUUUUAGGAUCUUUCACUCCACAAAUUUAUUAGGAUUAAACAUUUUAAUUCUGCGUCUCACAUUUUAGAAAAAGAAUAUUCGAUUUUAUAGUUGGAUCUCCGUAUUUUUUGUUUGUCUUUAUCCAUUUCAU